CACGCUUCUGCCGGAGAGGGACUGUUGGGGGGGAAAAACAACCUUUCUCCGGACUCUCAAACGCACCUCCGCCUGUAUAUCACCAGGAAAAACCAUGAGACACAAAUGAUGUUCAACCUCUCUAUAGAUGGAGGCUCGUUUUCUAAGAACUUGGAGGAUUUUGACUCCAUUCGCAGCGUUCUGCUCUACAGCGAUUUGGAGCCCGAGUGGCUGGACGACAUUCAGAAGAACGGGGAGCUUUUCUACCUGGAGCUGAGUGAGGGUGAGGAGGAGGUGUCUCUGGCCCAGACCUCCGCCGUCCAGUGCGUGUCCACCAACCACGUCCGCUUCAGCGAAAAGGAGGCGGAAAUCAUCACCGAGCAGAACAGGAAGCAGAGAUGCAGCUCGCGGGCCAAAGGGGAGCCCGCUCUCAAACGGCUGGCGAGGAUGCUGAGGAGGAGACGCCGCUCCUCCCAGCGCCGGGGGGGGAAGGACGGGGGGGGCCGGAAUAAGCCGGCCUCCAUCUUGAAGAACCAGCCGGGCCAGAAGCAGGGAGAGACGGUCCGGCCACACCAGUCGAAGGAAGUGUGCGUCUACCUCAACCCAAAACGCCUAGCGGGGUCGGCCGGACCUCUGGGUGAUGGCGGGGGGCUGCUGGAGGCCCUGCUGGGGGUGGUGCAUCGGCCACUGGUCAGGGGAGAGGAAAGGCUGACCGUCCACGGGCUGAUACCAAACAGCCCCGCCACAAAGUGUGGCCAGAUCCUCAUC